ACACUGGUACCCAGCUCAGUGAAGCUCGAGAAAUUCGCCUCAAACGACCGGAAGUUCCACCGGAAAUCGCAUUCUUACAUUGUCAUGCAACAAACUGUAUGAAAAUAAUAUUUGGGAUAGAAUAGGUUUCCACACAAAGUAUUACGUCACGUUUCAUUAUAUCAGAUAAGCUGAGUUCGGAAAAUACUGACCAAAAACUUCGCGGUAUUCGGUUUUCUGACGGCGUGUUUUGGCCGCAUCCUGGGACGUGCUCGCGGUUGCUGCUAGCUUUACUUUGGUCCAGAGAAAGAGUGAAGGAUGUGACUGAAGCCUCUUUCGCGUGCCUCAUCGGCCCUGACUCACUACGCCGUUUGUGUACACUCCUACUGCACUUUGCCUACGAAAUGGAGCUCGAUGGAAAUUAGCAAGCGUGUACCUCUUCGAAUUCCCACCCUUACCUUUGGAGAAUGAUCCACCGGCAGGUUAUUUUAUCCCAGAACUUGUACCAAAAUCGGUUCCUGGGCUUGGCGGCCAUGGCAUCCCCAACUCGCAGCAGCCAGACCCGCCAGCGCUGUAAGGAUGCGGUUCGGCACAGCUAUGGCCCUGAGUCCUUUGCUGUCAAUGGCCUGAACCAGGAUGCUUUUAUGUUGGGACUGUCACGCUCCACCAGCGACACUGAUCUGGUCUCUCCAGAUGCACGUUCCACUCUUACCAUCAGCUCUUCCCACUACAUCAUAGGCCAGUCCGAAGACCUGGUGAUCACAUGGGACAUCAAGGAAGAAGUGGAUGCUGGAGACUGGAUUGGGAUGUAUUUAGUUGAUGAGACGUUAUCGGAGAACUUUCUGGACUACAAGAACCGAGGCAUCAAUGGAUCUCACAAAGGACAAAUAGUCUGGAAAAUUGAUUCUAGCUCCCACUUCAGUGAACCUGAGACCCAGGUCUGCUUCAGGUACUACCAUGGUGUCACUGGGGCACUGAGGGCAACCACACCCAGUGUAAUCAUCAAGAAGGGCUCAGCGCCUGUACUGAAGCCAGUGGUCAGUCCUGAAGUCAACCAUGGACUGGGCAACAGAAGACUUAUUAACUUUAACCUGUCAGACCUCCAGGCAGUGGGACUGAAAAAGGGGAUGUUCUUCAAUCCAGACCCGUACCUGAAGCUGUCCAUUCAGCCCGGAAAGCACAGCAUCUUCCCGUCUCUGCCACACCACGGCCAGGAGAAACGUUCCGGAGUGGUCUGCAACACUGUCAACCCUAAGUGGAGCACAGAGAGGUUUAACUUUGUGUCCCUACCCACUGAUGUCCUGGAGAUUGAGGUGAAGGAUAAGUUUGCCAAGAGCAGACCAAUCAUCAAGCGUUUCCUGGGGAAGCUCUCGGUCCCGGUCCAGAGACUGCUGGAAAAACAUGCCAUCGGGGAUCGAGUAGUAAGUUAUUCCUUAGGUCGCAGGUUGCCUACAGAUCAUGUCUGUGGCCAGCUGCAGUUCCGCUUUGAGCUGACCUCCUCCAUUCACCCAGACGAUGAGGAGGUUUCCUUAGUCAUAGAGGCGGCCUGUCCUGAGGGUGGACACGCAGCAGAUGUCAACCAUGCUGCUGAUGCUCCCGAUGAUGACACACUGAGCGUGGGCCCUGACAUGCCUGAUCUUCCCUUGGAUGCUCCUCCUGACCCUGAGACUUUACCUGAAGCAGCCUCCGCACCCAAGGAGGUCCAACCCGCUGAGAAGGAGCAGGGUGAAGCGACGUCACAGGAGGAGCAAGGAAGUGUGGAAGAGGAGACCACGGUGAGAGAGGAACCCUUGACUCCUGAGCCUCAGGUGGAGCAGGCGGAGGGAGAAUCUGCUGAGCAGCAGCAGGAGGGAGGAGAGGAGGGGCAGCAGGAGAAAGGAGAGGUGGAGCAGGGAGAGGAGACUGCAGCCCAAGCCGAGGAGGAGGUUACAGCAGAAGGAAGAGAGGCUGUGGAUGAAGCACAGUCAGAGCCACACUCUGACUGUGCCGUAGCAGAAAUGACUCUCGAUGAGGCCACUGCUGUGGAGGCUCCCCCCGAGGAAAACACUGCACCCCAGGAGGCUCCUGUAGGCCCAGCUGAAGGGGCCCCGCAGGAGGUUGGAGAGGGAGGGGAAAGAAGCUGUGCCCCCUGCUCCUGCCAGUCUCUCUUGUCGAACUACAACUCCAAUGCUCAUUCACGCCGUAAAACCCGCCCCUGCUCCCUCCCGGUGUCAGAGCUGGAGACGGUGAUUGCCUCGGCCUGUGGCGAGCCUGAGACGCCACGAUCCCACUACAUCCGGAUUCACCACCUCCUUCACAGUCUUCCCUCGGCCCAGCACAGACCGCCCAGCCAGGAGGAAGAGCAAAGUGGGGAAGGAGUGAAUACAGACAGCACUGUGGAGACAAACAGCACAUCACCAACACAUAAAACCUCCAAAGAGCAGGAGGGGCAGGAGGAUGAUGAAGAAGAGGAUACAUCACAGUCACCCUCUCAGGUUCUGGGGUGUCCGGGCCCCUGCUGUCGGCGCUCGCUGCCCCGCAGCCUCUCCAUUGAGCGCCUCUCUGAGCUGAAUCAACUUCUGGAAGGUGAAGGAUUUGGCGGAGGCCACACAGCAGUCAGGAGGAUCUCCCCUUCCUGUCCAGAAAGCGAGGAGGGGGAUUCCAGCAAUGGAGGAGGAAGGAGGGCUGGCGGCAGCGCCCACAGAGCUCCAGGUGAAAGCGAGUGCGAGUUUUGUGACACCUCCUGCUACAGCACCUCCUGCUACAGCACCUCCUGUUACAGCACAUCAUGCUACAGCAACUCCGGCUAUGAGGGGAGGGGGCGGUUUUGCAGCCACACCCGCCUGUCUUCGGUGGAGAGUAACCGGCUCUCCAGCAGCACUGUGUUCUCCUCCCAGGAAGAGGAAGAUGAGGAGAGCGCCUUUGAGUCAAUACCUGAUGGAAAUCACGGCCCUGACGGACAAGAGCAGGGCGGGGCAGAGAGGAGGACGGGCAGAUGGAAGGAGACCAGGAGCGGAGAGCAGGGGGAUCCAGCUGUGGCGGGGCCCAGUGAUCAGAACAGCAUCGGCUCAAGCUUCUCCCCUCCUGUUGGCCAUCUUCCAGUCCUGCGACCCAGCCAUGACCUAAACCAUUUUCCUGCUGCCACUGACCAAGCCUUACCUCCAAACUGGGAAGCUCGGAUUGACAGCCAUGGCAGAGUUUUCUACGUGGACCAUGUCAACCGGACCACAACCUGGCAGAGGCCGAGCCAUGCUACCAAAUGUAACCAUGGCAUACCUCGCUCAGGGUCCACACAUCAGAUGGAGCAGCUCAACAGAAGGUACCAGAACAUACAGAGGACUAUGGCCACAGAAGAGAGUGGAGGGAGUCAGAGGACUGAGCGGAGCAGCAGUACUGAAACUGAUCCUGACUCCACUCAGACAGGCCCCGCCUCCCCUGUCAAUCAACAGAAGAUCAGCCAUCUCCUCCAGUCUCCUGCUGUCAAGUUCAUCACACACCCAGAAUUUUUUACUGUGUUGCACAGCAACUAUGCAGCGUACCGGAUGUUCACCAGCAGCAGCUGUGUAAAGCACAUGAUCCUGAAGGUGCGCCGUGAUGCCAGAAACUUUGAGCGCUACCAACAUAACAGGGACCUUGUGGUCUUCCUCAACAAGUUUGCAGAUAGUCAGCUGGAGCUGCCAAGGGGUUGGGAAAUCAAAACAGACCCCCAGGGCAAGUCUUUCUUUGUAGAUCACAACAGCCGAGCCACGACCUUCAUCGACCCUCGGAUACCUCUGCAGAAUGGCCGGCUGCCUGGCCACCUCGCCCACAAACAGCACCUGCAGAGACUACGCAGCUACAGCGCCGGGGAGGCCUCUGAUGUGUCCAGGAGUCGAGGGGCUUCUCUGAUGGCCAGGCCGGGAAACAGCUUGGUAGCUGCUAUACGAAGCCAGCAUUAUGCUGACUCACAGCAGCUGAGCGCUCCAUCUUACAAUGACAAGAUAGUGGCAUUUCUUCGACAGCCAAACAUAUUUGACUUGUUACAGGAGCGACAGCCCAGCCUGACUAGGAACCAUGCACUGAGGGAGAAGAUCCACUACGUCAGGACUGAAGGAAAUCAGGGAGUGGAGAAGCUGUCAUGUGAUGCUGACCUGGUCAUCCUGUUAAGUUUAUUUGAAGAGGAAAUCAUGUCAUGUGUUCCACCUCACCCCAUCCAUCACAACCUCAGCUUCUCUCCUCGCUGUUCCCCCGCCUCGUCGCCACAGAACUCUCCUGGCUUGCAGAGGGCCAGGGCUCCAGCUCCUUACCGCAGAGACUUUGAAGCCAAACUGCGAAACUUCUACAGGAAAUUAGAAGCUAAAGGAUACGCCCAGGGGCCAGGAAAGAUCAAGUUGCUCAUCAGGAGAGAACAUCUACUGGAAGGAACCUUCAACCAAGUGAUGGCAUAUUCACGCAAAGAGCUGCAGAGGAAUAAACUCUAUGUCACGUUCCUUGGGGAGGAGGGGUUAGAUUACAGCGGUCCUUCCAGAGAGUUCUUCUUCCUCUUGUCUCAGGAGCUCUUCAAUCCAUACUACGGCCUGUUUGAAUACUCAGCCAAUGACACCUACACCGUGCAGAUCAGCCCCAUGUCAGCGUUUGUUGAGAACCAUCUGGAAUGGUUCCGUUUCAGUGGUCGCAUCCUGGGCCUGGCUCUGAUCCAUCAGUAUCUGCUGGACGCUUUCUUCACUAGACCGUUCUACAAGGCCCUGCUCAGACUGGCGACGGACCUGUCUGAUCUGGAGUAUCUGGAUGAGGAGUUUCAUCAGUCUCUACAGUGGAUGAAAGACAACGACAUCACCGACAUCCUCGACCUAACCUUCACUGUCAACGAGGAGGUGUUUGGCCAGGUAACGGAGCGUGAGCUAAAGUCCGGUGGCGCCAACCUCCAAGUCACUGAGAAGAACAAGAAGGAUUAUAUAGAGCGAAUGGCCAAGUGGAGGGUGGAGAGAGGAGUGGUGCAACAGACGGAGGCGCUGGUCCGAGGCUUCUACGAGGUGGUGGACUCCAGGCUUGUGUCGGUAUUCGAUGCACGGGAGCUGGAGCUGGUCAUUGCUGGGACGGUGGAGAUUGACCUCGGUGACUGGAGAAACAACACCGAGUAUAGAGGAGGUUACCAUGACGGCCACAUAGUGAUGCGCUGGUUUUGGGCUGCAGUGGAGCGCUUCAACAAUGAGCAACGCCUCCGUCUGCUGCAGUUUGUCACGGGGACAUCCAGCGUUCCCUACGAAGGCUUUGCCGCCUUGCGAGGUUCGAAUGGCCUCCGGCGCUUCUGCAUUGAGAAGUGGGGCAAAGUGACAUCGCUACCCAGAGCUCACACCUGCUUUAACCGCCUCGACCUGCCUCCCUACCCUUCGUACACCAUGCUGUAUGAGAAACUGCUCAUUGCUGUGGAAGAAACCAGCACAUUUGGUCUGGAGUGAGACAGACAAAUCAAACACUGCACGCCUCUAUGUCCAACACUGGCUGGGCCAAAAUGUGAAAGGAGCGCAGCCUAACCUGUCUUAAAGAUCCCGGAAUUGUACUGGAAAUGUUUCUGAUCAUGUUGGAUACGCAGUAUGUUUGUCACUGUUACAGUUCUGUGCGUCAGAGUCUGUCACUUAGGAGGAUCUUUACGAUUGCACGCAACACUCACGGCGGCACAGCACUUAUUUUUCUAUAAAUCAUUAGAAAAUAAGAAACAAUUACAAAGACUUUUUUAUAAUUAAUAUUGAUCAGUCUGUGUACCUGAAGAAUGAGUCUGUCAAAUCGAAUCAAAAACUUUUGUUGCAUGUACCACAAUUCAUCCGACAAUGAAAAUGCUUUGGCUGAUAAAAGCAAAAGCAAAGUGUUUAUACUCAGUACAGCAACAGGUGAAAAGUAAUGUACAGAAAUAAGAACAAUAUGAGCAACACAGUAACACUGAAAACAGUAAUUUUCCAUAUGACAAUAACAACAGCAAUGUGCUUGGAGACAUGCUGGAAGUUAUCUUUAAUAGACAGAAAAUAUUUAAAUAAUAAUUUAAUAACCAUCAAAACCUACUGUAGAAAGAAAAUCAGAAAGAGAAAUGAAAGAAAUGGGUUAAAACCGUUAAUAGAAUUAAAUACUAUUAGUUACUCUAAAAAUGUUACAGUCAUUGCAAACUUUGAUCCAGAAAUCUUCUUUUUAUCAAAAGAUGUAUGCAAAGAUUGUUACACAAAUCCUCAGGUGGUUUCCUGCUGUGGACAUGUAGAAUGUCUAAUGCAAGUUUAAAUUCAAAAGAAAAAAACCUCAAUCAGUUUAAUGCAAAGUUUAGUAGCCCUGAAGCCAAAGGAACAGUUGUCUGGGUUUUUUGUUGUUGUGUUUUUUUAGUGGAGAUACUACAAAUACCAAUAUGUAUCUGUCUGGACUGCAGCAGCCCAAAAGGAACUUGCCUGAGGACUUAACAGAACUGCAGCACAAUGGGAAAUAAGAGGUUAAGGCAAAUAUAUGAUGGGCUGCAGACAAUUAAGAGAGAAAGACUGAUUAUCACUCAAAAAACUCCCAACAGGUAAAGAAAACUGCACUGAAGACAAGGUGAAUACACAUGCUCAGAAACUACUGAACAUCUGGAAAUGAAAUGAAUGUCAAUAAUGGGCAAGCCACAAAGCAGUGAAGUUUCUGUUUCAAGCAAUGUGAAGAGUAGUCUGGUACACUGGAAAUCAAGAAAUAUACAUUCACAGCAUCCAGGCUGUACUCGCAUAAAAAGACAGGCCCUCCCUGCAAUUAAAGACUCCGCAGUACUAACAUGCUUCUGAUACUCAUCCUGGAAGUCCUGCAUCUGCGCCCACAGCUGUGCCACAGUACUGUGCCUCCCUUUAAAGUGAUGACAACAACUGGACACAGACACUCCACAGACACUCUAUGUUGCAUAGAGCUCAGUGAUGAGGCAAUGAUGUCAAGUAUUGCGAAUGCAAAAGCAGCCAUCAAUUCCAGCACAAGGGCUUCUGGGAUUCCUUUUGUGGAGACUAAGGGCGAUUACGUCAAACCAAGCUACGUGAGCUCCGUGAUUCGUGACUCUUCACGACAGAAUUUAUACUUGGACGCUCUCCAGAUGGCUAAGGAGGACUAAAGUGGGAUUCUGCUUUCAGCCUGUGGUCUGGCUGUUUGAAUGGGAGCUUCUCACACUCUUGUUCGAGUCUUCCACAAACGAACUUGUCAUCUCUGACCAUGCACCAUUGGUGCUGCUCUUUGUAUGGAGCCGGUACUCCAGUAUUUAACUCUUUGCUGUCUCAAACACAGUGACCAGUGCAAGAGCAGCGUGUGGAAUCUCCAGUGGCCUCAGACCAAUGUAACAGAUCCCUGAACUGAUGUGGCCCUACUGGUAGAAAUGUGCGAUGUGUAAAGGGACAAACAGGUGUAACAUAUGCAAUAGUUGAGACCUUUACUCCAAUCUGUUCCACAGUCUGCCAUAUUCUUUUAGACACUGACUGACUGCAGUGCACCCUUGACAUCUCCAGCCCCUUGCCUGCAUCUCUAGCUGAGUGAUGAAGCUGUGCCUCAGUUACUUUCUGCCUCAUACGUGCCCUGUGGGGGUAGUACUGACAAAAGGAAAGUCAUUUGCCUUGGGUUUUUUUUAAGUCAGGUUAAUUGGUAAUAGUCACUGAUUACUGUAUUUACAAUGGAUGUAGCUUUGUGGGCAGAUAACUAGCCUGAUAUAAGCAAUGCCAAAUAUAAACAGAACCAGGAGGCAUCAAAGCUGGCUGGAAAUCUGACACAUUUUCGCCGGAUUUGACAGAUAGACUUGUAGCUACUCUUCCCAAGCUGUAGGCUUUUGUCAACCUAACUGUUGAAUGAGUUGUAAGGCUAACAGGGAACUAAUGGCUUACACAUCAAAGUGUGUUUUACCAUUUCAAGUACAGCUACAAUGUUCAUAAAACUUGAGAAAAGUUGGCAGAAAUGCUUUCUUGUGGAGUUGCGUAUGUUUGUCGCAGGCUAGACACAAAUCUCCAACCUUGCUGUCAGUGGUCAAAGCACCAGGUUUCUGAAUGUUUCUGAAACCCAUGACUGACAUCACGACGUGCACAAUAUUGUAGUCCAUUUACAUCUCCCGGAAAUUUUUUUUGUAAACUUUAUUAAUUCCCAGUUAAAGCCGACGACUCCAGUGGUGGAACAGUUCAGUUAACGAAUGAACUGGAAACACUUCUGAAUCAUGGAGUGUAGUUUUUGUUUGAUCCACUUCUGAUUAAGUGACUUGGCCUGUGGUAAAAAGAAUGUUUGUCACUGAUUUUUAUUAUUGCUCCCCUCUAAAGACAAUUCAAGGUUUGAACCAAACUGUGCUUUUAGAGAAUUGUUACAUACCUAAUAAAUGCUAGGUGUUUGCAGGGAAGACAACUGUGUGCAAUGAGAAAGAUGAGACCUCUUGUUCUGCUUCUAAGUGUUGGGAUUAAUUGUUCAGGUUUU